GAGAGAGAGAGAGAGAGAGAGAGAGACUCAGACCGAGGCAAAUGGGGAGAGCUCUGGCGUUGUAGGGAGAGAGCAGUGGAGGCGAGGAGGGUCUGGCUGAACACGGACCCCGCUGGAAACUUCACAUCCACAGAAAUACACCGCUACAGAGAGUCGGGCUCUUAUAUGGAGGAGAGACUCGCCGGAUGACCAUCUCUCUGGCUCUGUCUACGGUGUGAAUGCGGGCCGCCAUGUCCCAGAUGCUCCACAUGGAGAUCCCUAACUUCGGCAGCAUGGUGCUGGGCUCCCUGAAUGAGCAGCGGCUGCAGGGCCAGUACUGCGACGUCUCCAUCGUGGUGAAGGGCCAGGCGUUCAAGGCCCACCGCGCCGUGCUGGCCGCCAGCAGCCUGUACUUCCGCGAUCUGUUCAGCGGCAGCAGCAAAGCACAGUUCGAGCUGCCGUCCUCCGUCACGCCGGCCUGUUUCCAGCAGAUCCUCAGUUUCUGCUACACGGGGAAGCUGACCAUGGCCGCCAGCGAGCAGCUGGUCGUGAUGUACACCGCCGGGUACCUGCAGAUCCAGCACAUUGUGGAGCGUGGCAUGGACCUCAUGUUCAAAGCCAACUCGCCACACUGCGACUCAGCCACGGCCUCCAUGGAUGAGCCCAACUCGGGCCCACAGAGUCCCAGCACCCACCCGCUGGUGCCGGCUCGCAGGAUCAAGCUGGAGGAGCCGCUGGCCAAACGAGCCGGCAGGGGCGACGGGACGCGUUCUGGACGGGGCAUGCCGCUGUUCUCGUGGGGCGCGUUUCCGUCCGGGGCGCCGGCGUAUCUCGGAGAGCGUUCCAGUCCGGGAGCGUCCAGCCUCCCGACCACCGACAGCCCCACAUCGUACCAGAACGAAGACGAGGAGUUCGAGGAAGAGCCGUUCGACGCAGACGAGACCUACAGCCAGAUGUGUGGCCGCUCGGCCAACCCUUACGGAGUGGCAGAGAAGCCGGAGAUGGCGGUCAUGCCAGUGUCGCUGGAGAACCGCUCGUGUGUGCUGAUCCGCAGGGAUCUGGUGGCUCUGCCCGCUAGUCUCAUCAGUCAGAUCGGCUACCGAUGCCAUCCCAAACUCUACACGGAGGGAGACCCCGGAGAGAAACUGGAACUGGUGGCAGGCACAGGUGUGUUCAUGACCAGAGGUCAGCUGAUGAACUGUCAUCUGUGUGCUGGUGUCAAACACAAGGUGCUGCUGCGCAGGCUCCUCGCCACCUUCUUUGACAGGAACACUCUAGCAAACAGCUGUGGGACAGGGAUCCGAUCAUCAACCAGUGACCCCAGCCGAAAACCACUGGACAGUCGAGUCCUGAAUGCUGUCAAAUUUUACUGUCAGAACUUUGCGCCCAACUUUAAGGAAAGCGAGAUGAAUGUCAUCGCCGCCGACAUGUGCACCAAUGCACGGCGCGUGCGGAAGCGCUGGCUUCCCAAGAUCCAGUCCAUGCUGCCGGAUGGGAUGGAGAUGUACCAGGGCUCGGCGGUGGCGGCAGGCAUCAGUCUGGGCAUCGGCGGCCUCCCGGUGGGCAUUCAGCUGCCCUUCGAGCCGGACUUUAAGAACAUGCUAUCCUCGGGCCUGAGCCUCUACACCGAGCGCAAGGAAGCCGCGAGAACUCACUUACCACUGGAUGCCGACGGCCCCGAUAUCCCACGGGAUGGAGGCGAGGAGGAGACGCAGGACGAGGAGGAAGAGGCCCAGACCGACAGCGCCGACGGGACAUUGGGGGUGGGGCCUGUCAAGUCCGAAACUGAGGGCAGGGCCAGUGUAACCACACCCCCUGACAGGCAGCAGCAGGAGGAGGAGUUUGUGGACGGCUUGAGAGUAAACGGGCAGUGAGACUGGAGAACCCGGCCUUCAGUUCAUAUCCACCAUGUGAAUAAACACUGAAGGAGGAAUCAAACACACACAGGCAUCGAUCAUGAAGAACACACGAACACACAUGCAUUUGAUUUUGCAAAUGCUGGAUUUCCAGUCGGACGGUGGCAGGACGUUCAUCAUCAUGUGCUCCAGAGUGCAGAAGUCACGGGUCGUGUGAGGAAAUAACGCCAGUGGCACGGCGGGUGACCUUCAUUGUGAAACAUUAUAUUACAUUUAGCAUGUUCCGUUCUUGAGAUCACUUUGCCAUAAACACAGCAGUGAAUCUCACUAAAGCAUGACCAGAUCACUUUACACCCCAAAAUCAAGAGGAUGAAGCUUUUACAAGGGCCACUGACGUUCAUGUAGCUACAUCAGUGUAUGUUUACAGGCAUCCAAAUAAUCUGUUUGUGAUCAGAUUGAUGGCUAAAUCUGACUACUUGCUGUCAGUCCAAAUUAAAUUUUAAUCGGAUUGAAAGGAGUAAUGUAGACCUGAAAUAAUAAGAUCAACACGAUAAGAUUAAGUAUGUAAACACUUAAAAAUGACUAUUUUCUUAAUCAGAUUCAAUAAUAGCUUGCAAAACGUGCACAGUUUACAUACUUUCACGUCAUACGUACAUGUGUAUGAUUAUAUACAUCUUACAUUUUAAGAACUGGUCAGUGGAUGAGACUGAAUGUUAAAGGGUUACUCCACCCCAAAAUGAAAUUUUGUCAUUAAUCACUUUCCCCCAUGUCGUUCCA